GCGCUGCACGCACUUGGACGACACGCUGAUAUAAACACCACCAUUAACCUGGCGAAAAAGCAGACGAAAUGCUGAGCUAAAAAUGUCUGGGUGGGUGUCAUUCGACGAUGAUGGAGAUGGAGAUGUACGUGGGAAAGCACCAGCCCUACAUUCAUCGAGUAAAACAAGAGAAGAUUAUGGCGUUGGCCUGGUUGUUGAGGCGGGUGCAGGUGUUAUUAGCGGGAGUUGGGUGAAGUUUGAGCAUUCAACCUCCCCGAGCACGCCCACCUCUACCGCCCAUCGGGUGGCGGAGGCCCAGGCCCAGGCCCAGCGGCCUAUGAUAUCUCAGCAUACAGGUGGGUCCAUUCACAGCAGUAUAGAUGUGAUGUCCCAGGCAUCUGAUGACCACCAUUCAGCUAUAGCAUCAUCAGUGAUAUCUUCAAGAGGAAGCUUCUCAGGAUCCCAUGACAACAUCUCCAGCUCCAGGGAGUACAUGCCAUUAGAAUCAUCGUCCUCGUCUCCCAAGCCGGGAAAUGUUACCCCUAACUCAGAAGGGUGGGUCAAGUUUGGAGACUCCAGGAAAGUUGUAAGUUCAACCCCGCUGAAGAGUGUGGUCCCAGAGAAGGGGAUCAAAGAAAACGGUAGUCUGGAUAACUCAAGAGUGUCCAGUCCUGCCCCUGUAAAUUGGGUGCAGUUUGAGGACGACCAUGAUGUGACUUUGUCCUCAACGUCCUCAAGACCAUCACCUAUCUUGUCAUCGUGUGACGACUCUAUCACUCGUGAAUCUCCAUUAGAGGAUCUCAGUGCAAGGAGCAAUAGCAGACCUCUUGAGAUCCCCAAAAAGGUCAAUCAAAAUGUUAUUCCUGGUCAUACGCAAGUGGAGAAACUGAAACAGGGAGAUGUAAGAUCAGGGAUUAACCUUAAUUCUUCCAGGACAGUUACAGCCAGUUCAACUCCUAUACACAUGUCAGACCAUGCAAAUGACUUAGAAGUGUCCAGGUUUUCUGAAGUAGCUACUGGGCCAGAGACAAAUUACGAUACAGCAACUCCAGGAAACCCCUUCAAGGCAGACAUGUUGACUCUAGAGCAGUUGGAGAAACAGAAAGCCAUGGUUGAACAGGCUUGGAGGACUGUCUCUCCCUUCAACCCUUUCCUCAACAUGGGAGGUUUACAGUUAGCAAGCACACCUGUGAAAUCUAAUGCACAGCCCAUAUGGACAACCUUUGAUGAAAAAGAUGGUGCUUCAGCAAAUACUCAGAUAGUAUCCAGCAGUCCAGGGAAUCCAUUUGCAGGCAUGGCAGCAGCUUCUAAUGUGCAUAACAGAUCUAAUAUGGCUGCGACAUUCAACCCUCAGCAGCAAGCACAGGGACAAGUGAUCUUUGCAGCUGCUGCAGCUGCACAACAAAGUGCAGCAGCAACUCAACAAAGUGUAGCAGCUUCACAACCAGCGAAGCAAGUUAUGGCAGUACAACCAUUGAUGCAGUCCAGUGGUGUUCAACCUGGAGACCAACGGACAGCAGCUAUUCUUUUACCCAGUGCCUACGCAUCUCAGCCCAUCAGUCCGAUUGGUAUGAAACCAAACCAGUGGCAGCAGCAACAACAACAACAGUUUUUCCCGUCAACAUAUUCUUCAUCGCAUCUGAACAUUCCUCCAGGCAAGCAGACAUUGGCAGCCAUUGUUUCACCUACAACAACAUCAACUACAGAAGGAAGUGAUAUGCCCGACAGUGGCAAACUACCUUUUAACACCCAGACAAGCAUCAAGUCAAAUUUGUCCUCUCCUAGGAGUGACAAGCUGUUUCAGGAUCAGUACCCUCGUGAACAUAUGGAUCUAUCAGAAGGAUGGCCUCUAAAAUUCAGAGUACCUGAUAAGAAACGAAUAGCAGGCUCGCGUACAUGGCAACCUAUCUAUGUGAGGCUUUCUGAAGGAAACAUCCUCCAGUUGUUUCACGACAGGACUAGAAAGGAACCGUUCAGGGAACUUCCCUUGCAGAGCAACUAUGAGAUAGGCCGUCCAAAUCUUCAGCAGUAUGAUGCAAAGGGUAAAAUUCAUACAGUCAAACUGCUGUACAUGUCCUACAAAGAAAAGAGGAAAGUCAGUGCCAAGGCAAUGUAUGACAAAGGAGUUAGCCUUGAAGAGCUUAUGAAGCUUGGCUCACUUGACUUUAAAGUGUACCAGAGCUUUGUGUUUACUAUCAAUGAUGCCUUGAUGAAAUUGACUCUCUACCAGGAUAGGGGUGCCCACUACCAACAGGAUAUGAUCAAAGUGGUUGUUUCUGACGAAUGCCGCUGCCUUGUCAAUGGCAAUGGAGAUGUUGUGCGGCAAUCCAUUUCUGUUGACCUUAAUGUCUUAUCUUUUCUCUCUGGGAGUCCUGACUGUGCAAUAGGCCUGAACGAUGUCCAGAUCAAAGGUUUGGAUGUUGUGGCCAGACAACACAUCAUCCCCAACAAAACAUCAGAUUGGAUCAAGAUGCAUAACGUAGAACUUCACAAAUGUGCAAAUAAAAAUGUGUUCGUGGACUCUCGAAUGAUCGAGUUUCAACCGUUGAAUGCCUGUCACUUUAGGCUCAUGCAGUUUCACAUACAGCCUUCAGAAGAAGAGGACUUACCCCUCCAGGUCAGAGCUGCUUUCUCAGGUGAAGGUACACACAUGGAACUCAGGGUGGAUCUGCUGGUACCAGCCUGCACCGGCAAGCGGAAUCCGAGCCAUUACCAGUGUGAGAACAUCCUUGUUCACAUUCCUGUCCCGGACCAUUGGGUCUCUUACUUCAGGAAACCCAAGCGGAUGGGGCAGUCCUCGAUCCAUGCAGUCAUCAAGAGGCCAGAUCUUAUCAAGAGAGGUUGCCUUAAUCCAAAGAUCCUGGAGAUCUCUGUCGGGACUGCCAAGUAUGAACAUGCCUACAGAGCUGUGAUGUGGAGGAUAGACAGACUACCAGAGAGAACCACAGGUCACCCUUCAACCUACAUUCUCAAGUGUAACCUGAACCUGAGUUCUGCAAGAGAGGUGAGCAAGACGUUCUCUCGCACCAUAGAGGUGGAGUACCACACCCCUCACACCACCGCUUCCAAGACGACUGUACGCUCCCUGGCCGUCUCCAGUGAGAAGUCUCCGGAGAAGAGGAUACGCUACAUGGCAACCUACGAGUACCAGGUGCAGAUUGAGGACAACUAUAUCCGGCAUUCUCUGGCCGAGGAUAACGAUGCGCCCGGAAGAUGUUUGCAGCAGUGAAGACCACAUUCCACUUCCCACCCGCUCCAGGACUACUGUCCCCUUCCUAGCUGUCUUCUCUUUACCCUUUUUCUAGAUGUUCCCAGUGAGAGGACAUUCUACCCAGCCUUUUACAAGUACCGGUUGCAGACUGAAGACAGCUACAUUUGCCCAGUAUAUGUCUGCAGCAGUGAAGACCACACCACUAUUACAACCCCUCAAAGACAACGGUCCAUUCUCUAGUUGACUGCCACGAAAUGAUUCAGAGCAGAUGAUACACUUAUAUCUAUCUACCCGGUGCAGAUUAAUGAUAGCUGCAUCAGAUUCAGGUACUACUAUUCUGCUCUUGUUGAUUGCGAUGUUCCCAAUACAUGUAUGCAGCUGUGAAGACUACACCAGGCUCACCAUCCCCUCCAAGACUACCGUCCUCUCCCUAGCCUUCUCAAAUAAGAAGUCCCCUGGACUACCUGAUGCAUAUCGAGGACGGCCGCACCAGGCAUGCUGCAGUCCACGAUGAUGAUACUGCUUUACCCAAUGCAUGUCUGCAAUAGUUACAACCACACCCCUUCUUACCACCCCUCCAAGACCAUUGUCUACUCUUUUGCUGCCUCCAAUGAUUCCUUUCUGCCACCUUUUUUUAGGAGAAAAGAGAAUUCCGGUCAUAUUCCAUUAAACAUUCACAAAUUUUCACCUGACCAAAACUAUUACAUCAUCAUUCCACUGUAUAUUCCAAAGUUUAUAUUCCAGUUAAAUGUAAGUUUAGGAGGAUUUUUGCAUUUUAGUGUAAAUGAUUACCAUUUGAAAUCUGUGUAGUUUUUGGGGUCAGUGUCAGUUCAGUGAUCCAAGAAUACAGGUAUGAAAAGCCAAAUUGCUAACAUUCUAUUCCAAAAAGAUGAGGUGCUCAACUCAUUUCUAAAAGUGGGUUGAUCUUCAUAUUAAAAAGAAAAAAUUGACACGGAAUAGGUGCAAGAUUGAAAGUGGUGUAUGUAUGCAUGUAGUGACCUUAUUGAUAUGUUAUGUAUGUUAGACAGACUGGCAGUUUGCUUGCUUUUCAACCAAUCUACAACUCGAUAUCAUCCCUAUUCUUUAUUUCAAUUAAUAAUAAUGUGAUAACCAACAUUACUCAGUAAAAAUUAUCAGGAAUAUAUAUAUACGAGUCAAAUUAAUUUGUAUACAUGUACAUAUAUUCCUAAGAAUAGAAUUCCCUUUCCCUCUAAAUGUAGAUUAUACGAAUAAACUUUCCAUGUCCAGUACACAUACCUGCUAACCAUGAGUGUCAAAAUGUGAGGUUUCUUUGACAGAAGCACCUUCAUAUUGAUACUAAUGUGAGAAAGUUGAAACAGGCCUACGUUAAAAAUAUAACUAUAAAUGUAGACGUAUGAUGGAAGUGUACAGUAAUGUAUGUUGCAGCGUCUGUAUUUUCUUGAAGACAUUUUUCUUAGAGAUGUUCCUUUUUAUAAAAAAUUAUACGCAAUUAUGCUCCUACAAUUUCUGCAUAGGUGUACUUACCUCAAUUUUUUUAUCUAUGGGAAGGGAGUGUGCGUUCAUGUAAUUUGGUUUUUACAGACGUGUACAUGUAUCAAUCUGAUAUGAUUAUUUACGUCUGGGGACCGACCUCUAACGUCACCAUCCGAAAAAAGUGACUUAGUUUCGAAGCGGGGUCCGUCUGAGUCAAUUUUACGCAUAAGGAUUUACGCAAACUGCCAUCUGCUGCUCACAAUGUCUCAGUGUGUUGAUAGCCGAGGCCCACAACACAUCACCAGCAUGAUGAUGCUUGCGUACAGGAACCUGAAAUUGCUCUAUGUAUGCCUUCACCCAAAGAUGGCGCAAUUAAAAAUAUAUCACAGCAACGGUAGCGUUGACGGUAAAAUAUCCUCCUUUUAAAGCAAAAUUUAGUUUUUCUUUAUUCCCUUUAGCAAUCUUGGUGCUAAGCUGUAGCUUAAAUCACUGUGUACUUUUCGAGAAUCAUUUUCACAUUCUAAUCAGCUACAGCGCCUUCUCUCAGAGGCCUAUGAGAAUUUUGAAAGCCUCACAAUCUGUAAUGCUGGAUGGAUGUCAUGGGAGUGAUUUUGAAUGAAUCCACAUUGAAGUGAUAUUGCAAUUGUCUGGAGAAAAAAAAAGGAACUGUCACUGUUUGAAAUGAAACAAUGAGACACAAGUUACUGAAUGUACUCAGUUGAUGAGACAAAUGCAAAUAGAUAUUCAUUGAAAUAUGAAAUUAGAUAAAGCAAGUGUGGGGAUGCUUUCCAGAUUUUGACUAAUAAUGAUAUUUAUUAAUAUAGUAUUCACAUAAUUAUAAGAAGUGUUAUCAUAAUGGUCUAACACCUCUAAACAUAACCUGUGUGACCAAUAGUCUGUGCAUCAUUAACUUGUGAAAUAUUGCACAUGAUUAUAACUUAUAAUUUACCACUUGUGCUGGAUUACUGACUCUAACUCAUUAAAAUUGUGCAUUUUAAGUACUAAUGGUGUAUAUUUUUUUCUUUAUACAAUUCUAAUACAUUUAUAAUGUAAUUUUUUUUAUUUAUCGUAUUAAUUGUGGUUAUAACUGUCUUUAUGUAAAUUAAUGUGUUGUCUUUGUCUGCAUCAAAUGCAUUAUGAUUCUUAUUUUUUUAAAUUUAAUCUUCAAACAGCUAUGACAAUGGUUGCUUUAAAUAAAAGUGCUGACUUUAUUUUGGUGUACCGGUAUGUUAUUUUUUGUAACGGCAACUGGUUGCUGAAGAAUUUGUGAAAGAAAAAUAGAUGUAAGUACUGAUUGGACACUAUUGACAGUGACCCCCUGAGGACUGAUAUAUAAUCUUGCUAAGUGUUACUGGAUUACUUUAACUUGGUGAUGGUAGUAGGUAUGGAGAUGUUUAUACUCAGUUGGCACUUUCAAUUUAAGUUAUUUGGCAUCAUAAUGAAAAUCAAAUAUAAAUCAUAAAUACAGAUUACCUUAAUAUGCCAGGACCCCUAAGAAGCAACACUUGCUUGUCAAUGGGGCCCCCUCAUAAGUUGAGCACUACUUUAAAUGAAAUUACAAACAAGACUGCUCUUGACUACAUUCAUGAAGCAAAGAAGCAUGGAUAUUCAUAGUUCAUUCUCUAACUAUUGAAUUAAAGUAAGGUACUUGCUUACUGUUGUAUACCUUUAUAGAAAAUAUGUAAGGUUGCUAUAUAUCAGGAAGGCAAAAUGCAUACUUUGCAACCAUUGAAAAUCAUAAUUUUGUUGCACAGAGGUACAUGUAGAGUUGUAGAUGUAGGACUAUGUCAUUAUGACAUGAAGCGGGUCAAUACCUCUGCUACAUUGAAUAGGCUUGGUAUUACUUAAAUCGUCUUGCAGAUAUUUCAAAUUACAAUGUUUAAUUAACAGACAAUACCGACUAUUAUGCAUUUUGGAUUCUAAACACGUCAUUUCGUGCCAAUCCUUUUAUUGCUAUUAUAGCUAUGUUUAUAAACUGUUCUGAUUUUGCGUGUAGAUUUCGAAAGAGAUUGUUACAGAGAACUGUUCCGAUUUUUUUCAACACCUCUGUCUUCUUAGACCUACUCCUGCACCCAGUGCAGCGGCAAGACAUGGUUAAAGAUUGUAGAGUGAAACCUGUUUAUAAAGAUCACCCAAGGAAGACAAGAAAAGUGGUCUUUAUAGGCAGGUGGUCACUAUGUAAAGGUUCCUUUAGUACAUGCUUCAAUGAGAAACAAUUUUCAAGGGAAAAAAAAGUGUGGUCUUUGUAGACAGAUGGUCACUAAAACUGGUUUGACUGUACUAUACAAAGUGUUGGUUAUUGGGCUGGUGUAUAAUGCAAAUAUUCUGUGCGUAAUCUGUUGUAUGAACUACACAUUUGUUAGCAUAACUGAGCUGGCAGACAAGUGCUGAAAGAUGAAAAAAAAUCCAUCCAUUGGCAGAAUAUUGAUGAAACAUUGUGCCAUGAAAGUCAAACAAACAUUGAUGUAGGUGUAACAAAUGGCCUUCAGAUUUCUGAGUAGACUAUAUGAUGUCAAGAUUUUCUAUUUUGAUGGAUGUCUCGUGUUUACAGAUGUAUAUUAUUUUGUGUACAUUCUGAUGUUAAGCUGAUAAUGCCUAAUAGCUGGAAUGGGUCUAUAUCGAUAGUAUGUAGAAAUGUUUGCCAAUCUGUUGAAAGUGCCUAUUUGUUCAGCCAAUAAUUACUCUUCACACCUUUGUAUCUAUUUUAAGACAUACCGGUAGCAAUAGGAACACAUAUUGCUUGCUUGGUCAUCGUCUACAAAUACAACUAUUGACAUACGUGAAAGUUUUGCAAAGGCGUUGAAACGGUUUAUGAAGGGGGUUAUUUUGUAGAAUUGUGCCUUUUAAAACAUGUAAAAGCUCAAGAAAUGUGUUUACAUGUAUGUAUGUAUGGCUUAUAUCUUUUCAAGAUUUUCUAUUCACACAGCCAAAAGUCUGCCAGUUUUAUAUGGUGAAAUAUUGCUAGAUGCCUUGCUCAAACUUGAUGCAUUUUAAAUCUUUGCUGUUUUUAAUAUAAAAUAUAUAAUAUUUUGUGUACAGUAACUUCUAAGAGAAACUACAUGUACCUUUACAAAUUGUAAAUGGGACAAAAAAUAUUUUGGUUAUAAAAAUAUGUUUAUCUUAUCAACGAAUGUAAGAUCUUUUGUAUUACUUGAUUUCAAUCAAAUAUAAAGGAAUCUUCGAAGCAGCUCUAUAAAUACAUCAUUAAAUGCUGAGUGCAAAUACUGCAAUUCCAGUGUUUUAGAUCAGAGUGUUAUGUAUGGUGCUAUUUACACACGAUAGGUCUCAAAGAGCUCUUUAGCACCAGUACCGACAACACUGAAGAACUAAUGAAUAAAUUAAAAGUGAUCAUUACGCAAUUAAAUGUAAUGUAAAUAACUUGCUAACAGUAAUCAUAGGCUAGAAGAGAAUAGUUCAUGUGAUACUGAUGAUGAUGAUUCACAGCAUUUGUAUGGCACCAUAUAUCUGUUUCAAAAAACAUUCAAAGGCGCGAGCUCCUCAAAUAAAGUUAGCAUUUAAAUGUCUGAAGGAAAAUGUGAAUUUUGAGUGAAGCUUUGAAGUCGAAAUGUUCAAGCAAUAUUGCCUUGAAAAUAAGAGUUAAAAAAAUGUUAUGGCACUCAGUACUGCUGGCUGCAUUGCUAAAUUUCAUUUCGGUGUCUUUUUUUAUUGUAUUCAUUGAAAUAAUUUUCUAUUGUGCAGAGUAAAGUACAUGUAGUUACCGGUAGUAUUAAAAAUUAGGUGGAGUACAUAGUUAUUUUGAAAUAAAUUAUACUAUUUUCUUCGGUGCUGGGGAACUCAUCGUCAUUUCCAGAUAAUCUAUUCCAGAUAUUGUACACAGUUUUGUGAAUAAAUUAUAUUGCUAUUAAAUCAGAACGUAUAUAGUUA